GGAUUACACGUUAAGAGAACGCGUGUCAUUUAGCUAUUUGAUUUACGGCUGAACACAUUUAUAUGUAAAUUGUAUUAAUGAGUUCACAUCAGCCGGUAACACCGGCGGAAUAAAUGAGAUCAUCAGAUGAGAAUGCCGCUGCAGCGAUCAGGUUUCACACCGGUUUGAUUUAUAUGUUGUAAAAUAUCACAUCGCCCAUGUUGUUAUUCAAGCGAUUUUAUUGCAUUUAAUGUUCGUGUAUUGUCUCUCACUUAUUCAGAGUCGCCAAUUGUUCCUCCUUUCAUUCAGUUUGAAUGGUGGAUGUCUGGGCGGUGACGGGUAACUCAUACUGGAGCCGAAUCUAACCACGGACAGUCCUUAUAAAACACAUAUUAAACAGAAUGAUAAAACAAAUGAAAUGUUAAAAUGGAUUUUUAUGUUAAAGGUGUCUUUUUUGGGACCUAAAUGCGUUUUCUCCGCACUUUAACUUAUCUCUCGUGUCUAUGGUCGGGUUCUUUUGUUCUGCCUCCACCCGCCCGGUCCACAUUAGAUAUUCAUCCCCAACAUUCACCCGAAAUUUAGAAAACCCUGGAGGUCCAGAUACAUUCACAAGCAAAAAUCAGUUGCCAUAGCUGUCUGAUAGCCAGCCUCGGUUCCUCAUUCCUUUAUUCCUAAAACGGGCCAGCAGGACUAAGACAAGAUGAAACCGGAUGGUGUUGACGUGGCAUCAGUGGAGCCAAUGGAGGCUUUGAACGCAGGUCCGGAGAUUGAGGUUGCGCCAGCAGGUGGAGCUCAAGACCAGGCCUCGCCCGGCAUGCAAACUGAAGGUGCACCUCAUCCAGCGGAGGCGCUUUCAGCAAACGACAAGACUGGGAAAGAGAAGCCCGCAGAUCCCAAAACUAAGACAAAAGCUCCUGUCAAAACAAAGUCGUCCACUGCUGGUACCAAGACGUCCACCACCAGCUCCCGUCCCACCACGGCCCAAAGCCGUUUGACUAACGGCACGCAGAAGACGCAAGCCAACGGAGUCGCCAAAAAGACCACCGCAGCCGGAGUUGAUAAGAAGACCCCGACGAGUGCCGCUCCUAAAAAACCACUCGGCUCUACGGCUGCACCCACCACCAGGACCUCAGUGAAGACGACUGAGAAGAAACCUGCGGCGGCUCCAGCUAACGGAGUGAAGAAAACCCCUGCGGCAUCAGCGAGCAGUCUGAAAUCCAACCCAAAAACAGCAGCUCCUACUCCAAGACCCGCCUCUGCAUCAACCACCAAGCCCGGCACCACCGCCUCUCCCAAACCCCCCGUCUCCAAGACAACCAGGCCAGCUGGAACUACCCCUGCUGCUCGCUCUUCCCCUGCCACCCCGAAACCAGCGACUCCCACAGCUGCCAGCAAAAGUACAUCUGCAUCCAGACCAACAACCGCUACACCGAAGACACCAUCUACCACUGCUAAACCCUCUCCUGUUAAAACCACAGCCCCCCCUGCUGGUCGCACUCCCAAUGCUAAGACCACAACACCUGUCAAGAAAGAUGUCAGUAAGCAGCCAUCCACCCCUGCGGCCAAGAAACCCUCUGCCUCGCCACUCACCCGGCUAGCACCGGCAAAAACCACCAAACCUGACACCCCCAAAUCAGCCACACCUGCCAAGCCAGAAUCCGCUUCCAAGAAACCCCCCACCUCAAGCAAGGCAUUGGAUGCAAAGACUAGUAAACCUAAGGAGAACAAGGCGGCACCAUCCAAGGAAAUCAGUGCAAGCGCCAAGACAACAAGCAAGUCCAGCGCUAAGACAAGCAGCCCAAAGAAGGCGGUUGGCAGCAGUACUCCAAUGCCAGUGAAGCGUGGCCCUAAAACCACCCAGUCUGCAGAAGCCACAGAGGGCCAGAAAGACGACAUUCUACCCAUUGUGGCUGCGGUUGCAGCCCCAGUUGCAGCUGCCGUGGCUGUUGUUUCCAUGACAACCUCAGAAGAAGCACCUGAACACUCAGCCACACCCUCUGUACCUGCUGCCUCUGAGGAAGCACCUGAUGACUCUGUUACACCAGCCAGUCCUGCUGUCUGUGACGUUAAAGCAGAUGUAACUGCUUCUACCUUGGAGAAAGCACCUGAAGACACAGAAAUGCCCAGAGUUCCCCCUACCUGUGAUGAGAUACCUGAAGAUAAAGUCACACCUGUCAUUCAUGCUUUUGAUGAGAUUACUGAAGUCACAGUCCCACCUGUCAUUCCACCUUCUUCUGAGGAGAGACCUGAAGACACAGCCACACCUGUCAUUUCCCCUGCAUCUGAAGAGACACUUGAAGAAACGGUUACACCUGCCCUUUACCUUGUUUCUGAUGAGGCUCCUGAUGAUACAGCCACACCUUUCAUUACUUCGGCAUCUGACGAGUUGCUUGAAGAAAAAGUUGCACCCGCCCAUCAUCCUUCUGAUGAUAUGCUUGAAAAAACAGCUGCAUCUGCUCUUCCUCUUGGUUCUGAAGAACCACAAGCUUUUGAUGAGAUGCUUGAAGACAAAGUGACAUCUUUCAUUUCUUCUGCAUCUGACAAGAUCCUUGAAGAAAAAGCUAAACCUGUCCUUCAUCCUUCAUCUGAUGAGGUGCUUGAAGAGACAGUUACAUCUAGCCCUCAUACUGGUUUUGAAGAACCUAAAGCUUUUGAUGAGAUGCUUGAAGAUAGAGUCACAUCUUUCAUUACUUCUGCUUCUGACGAGAUGCUUGAAGAAACAGUUGAACAUGUGCUUCAUCCUGCUUCUGAUGAGAUGCUUAAAGAAACAGUUACAUCUGCACUUCCUUCUGACUCUGAAGAGGCACUUGAAGACACCUUCACACCCGUCCGUCAUCCUACUUCUUUUGAGACACUUAAGGACACAGUUAUACCUGACCUUCAAGCUGCUUCUGUAGAGACAUUUAAAGAAUCAGUUGCCCCUGUCAUUUCAGCCUCUGAAGAGGAGGAGCAUGUUCAUCCCCAAGACAUCCCACAGAGCGUGGACAUUUCCAAAGAUGACAGUGCAGUGUCUCAGCUAGCUGCUACAGUGGAUCAGGUCAGUCUGAAUGAGCUUGUGUCUCCUGUGUCUCCUCUAGGCACCACAGUACUGUCCCCACCAUCCUCUCCCACUGGUCCAACAUCUGUGCCAGCUGAGAUCCAAAAUUCUGCUCCUAUUUUGGAAAUGCAGGCUCCAGCUGAAACUUGGUCUCAAAGUCUGUACCCCAGCAGCAUGACCUCAGACAAGCAGGAGGAGGAGGAGGAGGAGGAGAAGGAGCAGGAGGAGAAGGAGCAGGAGGAGGAGAAGGAGGAGGAGGACACGGAGGAGAAGGAGCAGGAGGAGCAGGUGGAGGAGGAGCAGGUGGAGCAGGAGGAUGAAGAGGAUGAGGAGGAUGGAGUCCAAGAUGUCAUUCAGAUGUCCUCUUUUGCAGCAGAGAAUAUAAUUCAAGGCUUUGAUCUGCUAAACUGCACUGGGGCAGAUCCCUUCAAAAGCCAAGCUCCCAUCUCCCCCUGUCAAGUGAAAGAGGAGGCAGUGGAGAAAGCAGAGGAGGAGAUUAAUGAAGACGUUGAUGAGGAAGACGACGAGGAAAGAGCAAUUGACAGAGUGCAAGCAGUGUCCCAAACCGUGAUUGACAAUGAUUGUAAAAAGGGUGUGGCUGAUUUUGUCAGAUCUGAUUGGGGUAAUUCACAAUCAGAUGAUAGAAAUAUCAGUUAUGCAUAUGAAAGAGAAGAAACAUCUCCCUUCAAUACUGAAAACACUUGCACUUCUAAAGAGACAAGUGACAUCUUCUUGAACGAACAACCAUUCCAGGGACCUCCUGGAAUCGACUCUUACUGUGAUGAAGAUGAGGAGGAUGAUGAAUCAGAGGAAGAACAUAAAAAGACUGUGCAAGACCAUAAGCAACACAAAGACAAUGAGUUUGUGGGAAAAGACGUGGAGAUGGUCUGCAGCAGAAUGGCUGAAAGUGGAAUUUGUGGUAAUGAUAGAGAUGAUGAUGAGGAUGAUGAGGAUGAUGAGGAUGAUGAGGAUUAUGGAGGUGAAGAGUACAGAGAGGAGGCUCAUCUCAGUCUUGACAACAAGGGACACACUGUGGAUGCACCAUCUAUGACAAAGACAGAAGCUUGGGGUCAUUCCAAUCCAUUCUCAGAUCCAUGGGUCCAGUCUGCUUUUAUUGUGUCUGAAUCAAACCCAAUAGAUGCAAGAUCUGAAGAACCAGAUACACCCCCUAAAUCCCCAGUAGAGGCCUUCAUACACAUUAAUACACCAAUGAUCAAGACCUCAGAACCUCCACCCGAUGUCCAAGAGGAAACAAAGAGUGCAUUUCCUGUGGAGUGUGGCAUCUUGGCAGCACCUGCCAUUGGGAUGUUGCAGUCCAGCACUCUCAGCGGGACAGCUCUGGCUGCACACAGCAGCAGCGAGACAAGCACACCAGAGGAGCUUCAGGACUACGAUAGCAGCUCCGGUGUAGAGUCCAGAUCAGACAAGCAACAGACGCCGGUUCCUGCAAUGCAGAUAGACAUGGACCAAGACCUUGGUAUCCACCUGGAGCGAGGUGAUGGUGAGGAGGAAGAAGCAGAAACGCUGCCUGCCGACGAGGUGUUGGGUGAGGCACUAACAGCACCCGCCUCGGUUCCAUCGUCACCUUCAAGUUCGGGUGAUGAGGCAAGUGACACAGAGGGUGAGUUGCAGAUCAACGACCCUGACGUUGCAGUUGAUGAAAGCGCCGCCAUCCCUCACAACCUCGUUUCUCUUGAUGAAGAUGAGGAGGUCCCGGGGCACAUGGGAGAGGAAGAUGGAGAUACGCCUCAGUCUGCAAACUCUGUGGCCUCUUAUGGUUUCGACUGCUCAAACUCCAACGCCCACUCCACGGCCGAGAGCUGUGGGAAAAGCCCGGGUAUCUUCAGUUUGGAAAAUGAAGAACAGCUUCCAGAGGAGUUUAAGGAUCCCUCGUUCAUUAAAGAGCUUACCUUGCCUGCAGCUUCAGCCUACAGCGAUGACUUGUUAGGCGGCCCGGUGGAUCUGCUGCCUAUCAGCGAGCCCAAAGAGAGAGAUGCAGGCUUUGAUGAGCACUACAUGAUGUGCAGGAAGACAGAGCCCACUGCGAUGGAGGAGUUAGAUCCCGAGUCUCCCAUGCACCUGUCACCCCAACAUGGGGAUGAUUCAGAUGGCCAGCCACCCUACUACUCUACUAUAUGUGAUAAGACUGAUAAUUUUCUGGCAGGUAAUGUAUAAAGUUCCUCCUUUGGAAUGCACCUUGUCUACCCUAAACCCUGCACCCCCACUGUUCUCCACGUCUUUCAGAUGUGGGAUUAGCGAGUAUGAAUAGUAAUAAGGAAUGGAAAGGGGGGAAAGGAGAGGUGUCAGGGGAGGGACUAUAGCUUUGUCUGAGCUGCUCUAUGUUCUUCUAUUACCAUGCUCAUGGUUAUGAUUGUACGGCUUAAACUUCUGUAUGUACAGUAGCGAUUCUCAUUUUCUAUUAGAAUGUACUUUUUAAAUAACACUGCGUUUCAUGGCAACCCUGAAGAUGAAAUGUUAAAAUUAGUCCUUUGAUGAAAGUAAUGCAAAAAAAAGAAACACACAUCAUGGACUCAACCUACCUUUGUAUUUAUCCUACUGUUUUUACCGAUCAAGUGUCAAUUCUUUUAUACUUUGUUUUUGUUUUGUUUUAUUUGAUUUUGCUGUGGAAAUCCUUGUCUUGUUGUCAUGUUUGUACACACAUCAGUUUUCCUGCACUAGCUUUAUUGACUUCUUUAACUUGUUCCGGUGUCCAGCACUAACACUUUUAGCAUUAAGUACAGGUUAGAUGUUCCAGAAGCGUUUCACACUAGCAGUGUUUGACAUAGAGAGGUGAAUGUGUGUUAGAUGGCUUGUCAUGCUUCAUUUUCGCUGUGAUUUGUUAGAUUUGGGCUACUUGACAAUAACUGCUGAACAUUUUCGUGAAGAAUAACAUAGAUUCCCAUUGGCACGUAACAUAAGUGUUUUCAAGUACAGAGUUUCGACGGAUCUGGAUUCUUUCAGUAUUUGGACGUUCGUGCUUUGGAACAGACUAACUCUUAUUGUUUAUGAAAAAAGUGUUUUCCUGCAUUUGUAAAUCUUAAAAUAAUGCUUGCAAGUCGUUGUAUUGUGAGCACUGGGACAUUUCGAGAACAAUUGGAAGUGCAUGUGCAAUUCAUCGAGAAAUUGUGGUCCGGAGUGUUUGGAUACGAUACCGUUCACAAUAACUAAAAGGUUUUCAAAAUUGCAUUAAACAUUAUUACAAGGC